AUGGCCCAAUACACCGUACUCAUCACUGGUGCCAGCAGAGGCAUUGGGGCCUCUCUAGCAGCCAAGUACCUCUACCGUCCAAGCACGACGGUGAUUGCCACGGUUCGAAACCUCACGGCGGAGCAUGAGCAGAGACUCCAUUCUCUCCCUCGUGGGCAGGGAUCAGAGCUCAUCCUCCUCGCCCUUGACAUGAAGAAAGCUUCGAGCGCCGCGGAUAGUGUCGCUCGGCUCGAAGCGGAGCAUGGCGUUCACUCCCUGGACCUUGUCAUUGCCAAUGCCGGCAUCUGCGACUCGUGGGGUCCGGUGGCUGACAUGUCCGAGGUUGAGCUUCUGUCGCACAUCGAGGUCAACACCCUGGGCUUCCUCCGCCUGUACAAGGCAGUAGUUUCAUUGUUGGACGUUGCGGACGAGCCAAAGCUUGUGUACAUGUCUACCGAUGUGGCAAGCAUCAGUCAACUCAGCAGCGAGUCCAUCACGACCGAGUAUGGGAUAUCGAAGAUUGCGGGCAAUUUUCUGAUGAGGAUGAUUAGCAUCGAGCAUAGCAACUGGACCGUGUUUGCUAUUAGCCCUGGGUUUGUACAGACGGACAUGGGGAAUCGCGGCGCCAAGGCCCAUGGGCUGGAGAAGGCACCCGUGACUGUCGAGGAGUUGCCACCCUCGCCAGUUGUUUAG